GAUUCGGCCCCACGGAAGUCUCUUGUUGUUGGGUUGGGGGUGACGGGGGUGGACCAGAUUGAUGAAAUAAAGAGGAAAAUAUUCCUGCCGCUCCUGCGCCCCUCCCUGUCCGGGGAUUUUCGGAUCCGAGGCUUGACAAAGAGAUCAAGUGUUCGAGAUGAAAGUAAUCAGCACUGCAGUGCUGAGCGCCCUGUUCUUCACAGUUGUGUCAGCAUCUGUGAAAGUAAAAAAGGAACAGAGGAUCGCCUUCUUUGGCGAGGACAUCCACAUCGAGGUCCCACCUGGGAACAGCAGCGAGGUCAUCUUCAUACCUGCGACCAAUCAGUCCUUUCCGGUGCCGCUGAUGAAAGCGGGUCGAGUGGUGAACCACAACAUCUCCUACUCCAACACCUCGGGGUACCUGGUGCUGGAGGACGUACAGGAGCAGAAUGAGGGCACGUACAUCAUCAACAACACCAACAACCCCGACACAGUCAGGCACUUCAUCCUCAGCGUCAGGGACUGCGCUUUGGAGCAAAUGGUAAAAUAUGGAGAAACCUACACCAUCCACCUGAUGAGCAUCAAAGGACCCAUCAGCCUGGAGUUCAGGCCCUCUCCGCCUCAGGUUAAUCAGUCAGAGAUGCAGCACACGACCGAUCCUCCGCCCGUGGUGCUGUACAACCAGCUGAAGGUGGUGGGAGAAGAAUACGUGAAUCGCCUCAGGGUGUUGGAGAAGCUGGUGGUGCUGCACUCGGUCAGGAUGACGGAUGAAGGCAGCUUCACCGUAAAGGACGGCGAGGGCAAAGUGAGGAUCAGGAACUGUCUGAACGUCAGAGAUCACCAGGACUUUAAGAAGCUCUCCCAUGGAGAGAACCUCAGGAUGAAACUCUACCUGCCCCACUCCAGCGUCAGCAUCGUCUACAAGCCCAAAUCAGACAAUCAGGACCGAGUCAUCGUGUACCAGGGGGCGCUGGUGACGCCGAUGGACCCGCUGCUGGAGGGCCGGGUGAACGUGGAGGGCUCAGAGCUCAUCAUGAAGAAGGUCCAGGUGUCGGACUCGGGGGCCUUCAAAGUGACGGACCUGGCUGGGUUUCCUGUGGCUACUGUCUACAUAGAUGUAACACCCUAUAAGAUGACUUCCCUGACUCUGGCCAUCCUCUCCCUGCUGGGCCUGGUGGCCGUCAUGCUGCUGGUGUGCCUGCUGUCUUGUCUCUACAGAGUCCACAAGAGGAACGAGAAGAACAAGAAGCUGAUGCUCAUCGCUCAGCAGGCUGGGAAGAGAGACGGCGAGGCUUUCAGACAGGUGGUUCGUGAGGCUUACAGCAGGUUCACUGAGGAGUCCCUGACACAGUCCAUGUGUGACAAACCCACAGAGAGGACCGAGGUCACCAUCAAGGGCCUCGAAGUGUCCAAACCGGGCCGCUACCAGGCGCUCAACUCAGACAACUUUUUGGAGAUGAGUGACUCCGGGGUUGAGUUUACGAUCUCUGGCCUCCCACUGGACAGCGACACCGAUGCUGCGAUGACCUACGCCUCUCACAAGCCCCUGCUGAAUGCCGCCUCCCCUCCAGCCAUCUCUGAAGGAGUGCACUCCAACAGCUUGGAGGCCACCGUGGUCCCCGACGGUGACCUCAGCGCCAGCCAAACCCCCGACUCUGCCGCCAGCCCCGCCUCUAAUCCUCACUCGCUCGUAGCUGCGACCCCUGAUGGCAGCCUGCGUGGCGCUGCAUCGCCGGGAACUGCCUCCAGAGGCACCGUCGAGUCAGACGCAGCCAAGACGGAGGGAGAGGCUGAGAGCAGAGAAGGUGAGCAGCAGGAGGAGCCGGCCCCGUGCACCUGAGAGGAAGAGCCAGGUUGUGUUUUUAAGCUCACCUGUCCUAACACAUCCACAGACACCUGCAGGAACUUUUCAUGUCACACCACCACCGAGUCCUUCAUCACUGAAUCAUCACAGACAAAUAUUCCUGCUCCAUAUGUCAGAAAAUAAAACUCACAAUGCAAAAUUAAAGCAAUAUGCACCCCCCCCCAACUGUAUCAGAUCUCAGCAUCUGGAAAAUGCAUGCAUUUAAAUGAAACAUUAAAGUAGCUCUGAUAGUUCAGAUCUGACAUUAGAGUAGACUGCUGCAUGCACAGGCUUAAAAAAGAAGUGACGAGGAUGAAACAUUCAUCACUGUUAUGAAAACGAAUCAAAGGGGUCAAAAGAUUUUAACACACACACACACACACACACACACACACACACACACACACACACACACACACAC